AAGUUCCCGGGCAGAGCUCGCCCCCGGGAGGGCCGAUUGGAGGCUUCUCGCCGWGAGGGUCGCAGCGACAGCGCCCAGGUGCUCGGAGAUGGCGCUCCGCGGGACCCUCCGGGCGCGCAAAGUUCGCAGGAGGCGAGAGAUGCUGCCGCAGCAAGUUGGUUUCGUGUGCGCGGUGCUGGCCCUGGUGUGCUGUGCAUCUGGCCUCUUCGGCAGCUUGGGGCACAAAACAGCUUCUGCUAGCAAACGUGCUCUACCAGACGCCUGGCGGAACAGAAAGCUGAUGGCUCCCGUGAAUGCGACUCAGUUGUUGAAGAACUGCACAGAGCCGGCCAUCCACGAGUUCCCCACAGACCUGUUCUCCAAUAAGGAGCGACAGCACGGAGCUGUCCUGCUGCACAUCCUCGGUGCUCUGUACAUGUUCUACGCCUUGGCCAUCGUGUGCGAUGACUUCUUUGUUCCGUCCCUAGAGAAGAUCUGUGAGAAACUCCACCUGAGCGAGGACGUGGCAGGAGCCACCUUCAUGGCCGCAGGGAGCUCCACGCCAGAGCUGUUUGCCUCGGUCAUCGGUGUCUUCAUCACCCACGGCGACGUCGGGGUGGGGACCAUCGUGGGCUCGGCCGUGUUCAACAUCCUGUGUAUUAUUGGGGUCUGUGGACUCUUUGCUGGCCAGGUGGUGCGUCUGACGUGGUGGGCCGUGUGCCGGGACUCCGUGUACUACACCUUGUCUGUCAUUGUGCUCAUCGCGUUCAUAUAUGAUGAAGAAAUUGUGUGGUGGGAAGGCUUGGUGCUGAUCGUCUUGUAUGGGUUUUACAUUCUGAUCAUGAAGUACAAUGUGAAGAUGCAGGCCUUUUUCACAACCAAACAAAAGAGCAUUGCCAACGGCAACCCGGUCAGCAACGAGCUGGAAGAUGUGAAGGAGAAGCCGCAGUACGGCAAGAACCCCGUGGUGAUGGUGGACGAGAUCCUGAGCUCCAGCCCCCCCAAGUUCAACUUCCCCGAGGCGGGCCUGCGCAUCAUGAUCACCAACAAGUUUGGGCCCAGGACCCGGCUGCGCAUGGCCAGCAGGAUCAUCAUCAAUGAGCGGCAGAGACUGAUCAGCUCAGCCAACAGUGUGAGCAGCAAGCCGCUUCAGAACGGGACACACGAGAACAUCGAGAACGGGAAUGUCCCCGUGGAAAACCCCGAGGACCCUCAGCAGGACCAGGAGCAGCAGCCGCCACCCCAGCCGCCACCCCCGGAGCCAGAGCCGGUGGAGACUGCCUUCCUGUCCCCCUUCUCCAUGCCUGAAGCACGAGGGGACAAGGCCAAGUGGGUGUUCACCUGGCCCCUCAUCUUCCUCCUGUGUGUCACCAUCCCCAACUGCAGUAAGCCCCGCUGGGAGAAGCUGUUCAUGGUCACCUUCGUCACCGCCACGCUGUGGAUCGCCGUCUUCUCCUACUUCAUGGUGUGGCUGGUGACCAUCAUCGGAUACACCCUGGGCAUCCCCGACGUCAUCAUGGGCAUCACCUUCCUGGCCGCAGGCACCAGUGUCCCCGACUGCAUGGCCAGCUUGAUCGUGGCCAGACAAGGCCUUGGCGACAUGGCGGUGUCCAACACCAUAGGAAGCAAUGUGUUCGACAUCCUGGUGGGGCUCGGCAUCCCAUGGGGCCUGCAGACCAUGGUCAUUAGUUAUGGAUCCACGGUCAAGAUCAACAGCCGGGGUCUGGUCUAUUCUGUGGUGCUGCUGCUGGGCUCCGUCGCGCUCACCGUCCUCGGCAUCCACCUCAACAAAUGGCGGCUGGACCGGAAGCUGGGCGUCUACGUGCUGGUUCUCUAUGCCAUCUUCCUGUGCUUCUCCAUAAUGAUAGAGUUUAACGUCUUCACCUUCGUCAACCUGCCCAUGUGCCGAGAAGACGAUUAGAGCUGAGCCACCACCCCGAGCCUCCUGGCCGCCCACCACACUGGCGUCCUUCUCUCUCCCUCCCCUGCCACAGGUCCCUCCUGCCUCAGCCACCACCAUCUGUCCUUUCAUGAGCUGGAAGGAAGGGCCAUCGUGGUCUUUGCCUGGUCCCAGCCCAGGCUGCUGGCCUGCUCCUUGGAGUCAGCCCCCCAAGGCAGGGUCCUGGCGGUACUCGAGUUGAGCAGCUCCACAG